AUGGCAACGAAUAAAUUUUUAACCACAAAAACUGAAAAUUCGUAUAUUUCGAAAUUUACACACAAUGCCAUAAUAUUCGGAGAAAAUUUAUUGAAUAUAAUUUCUAAUGGUUUUAUAAACAAUGAUAAACCAUUAUAUAACAAUCAAGAUGAUCAUAUAGAAAAUAUAUCCUUUUGUUCUGAAGUUUUACCUUUUUAUUGUAAAUCGGAAAUAAUUCAUAACGCAAACAUUUUUAAUCCUCGAUUUGGACAUUCAUGUAUAUUACAUAAAAAUCAUGUUUAUAUAUAUGGGGGAAAUCAGCAUGCUAGCAAUUGUAACCAAAAUUUAAUUCGAUUCAACAUUGACACUCAUGUUUUUAAAGUAUUGGAAGAACAUAAUAAGCCUAAAUUAAGAUAUUAUGCCACAUUAGAUUUAAUAUAUUCAUCUGACGACAAAGAGGAAUGUUUAUUUCUCUUUGGGGGGAAAGCAGGAAAAUAUAUUACUAAUACUACAUAUAUGUAUAAUAUAAAUAAUAAAACAUGGAAUAUAAUAGAUACCAAAAAUUGUCCUCCCCAUGUUUUUGGUCAUGUGUCAUUCAAAUAUAAGAACAUCAUAUUUAUACAUGGGGGAAAUAUGGGGAAUCUACAAAUAAAUAGUGACAUUUGGAAUUAUUUCGAGCAAGAGAAAAGAUGGGUAAAAAUUAUAAGUAAAGAUGAAUAUUAUAAUCAAAAAGUUUGUAAACCAAGUGAUCGAUUUUUUCAUUCAUGUGCUCUUUGUGUAUCGAAUCAAGGGAAUGAUAUUAAUUUAUAUAUUUUUGGGGGGUUAAAUAAUAAAAAUAAAUGUGUGGAUGAUAUAUUUUGGUCUUAUUCCCUUAAUAAUGGAAAAUGGCGUGAAAUAAAAAAUUCAUUUGGAAAAAUUCCUGCACAAAGAUUUGGUCAUAGCUCGAUUUUGUUAAACUCUAGAUGGUUUUUGCUUUUUGGAGGAUACAACUAUUCUUGGCAUUCCCAAUUGGACCUAUUGGAUAUAUAUGCAUAUGAUAUAAACUUAAAUACUUGGUCGAUUUUAAACACGUAUGGGCUGCCUUUAGUUUCUCAUCACUUUUAUGGGCAUAUAACACAAGUUGAUAAUAGUGGAUAUUUUUUUAUUUUUGGAGGGUUACGAGAUAAUAAGGCAUCAUGCAAAGUAUAUAAAUAUACACCCCUAGUAAUAACCCCAGAUUUCAAAAACAUUAUGGACAAAAUUGAUGAAAUGAACAAAAAAGUUAAGUAUUUAGAAAAUAAUCCAAUUUGCUCAAUAAGCAAAACAUAUGUGAAAGAAAUAGCUGAAAUGCAAAAUUAUUUAAAAGGAAUAAGUUUUACAAUUGCAAGAUAUAUACAACUUAUAGACGAUUUAAAUGAUAAAAUAAAAAUUUCUAACAAGCUAUCCCAAAAUAGUUAUUCUUAUUUGUCAGAAAAAUUUGAAAAAAGUAUUAAAUAUUAUGAUUCUUUAGACAAAAGAAUUCACGAAUUAGAAAAAUUAUCAUCCUACUCUUUAUCAGAUCAUGAUGAAGAUAUUGUUAAAGAGACGUGA